CAACCAAGGUUGAGAGAAAAACGGUAAAGAUGUAGAUGGAUGCUGCAUUUAGUGUUUGUUCCACAAGAUCCUCCAGGCACCUGCUUCACCGGAAAUUAACAUCAACUAACUCUCCAUGGAUGAUUUGUCCAAGAAAGUAUCUCUCUAUACUUUUAGAUUUGGGUCUUAGCCACCUGUUUUGACCGACUCUUUGAACAUGAGGCAAGGGUAGUUCUUAAGCAAAACCACAGUGGAUUCAGGGAUUUUUGCCCACAGUAGCAUAAGAGGACCUGGACAGAGGCAAGUAUAGGGCCAUAGGAGUGCUCCCAGCAGGAGUGCUCCCAGCAGGAGUGCUCCAGCAGAGGAAAGGUGUACCUGUGAGCGGUACUUGUUCUGAGGAGGAAGGUGGUCAAACCAUGGGAGGUGGGGUGGGAAGACUUAGUCCUGAAGGGAGUACACCCUCAGGGCACAUUGUAGGUGCUCAGCCUAAAGCCGUGGCCUCGAAGAUCGCGUUUCAGGGUGGUCCAAUCGAAACUUCAAACUCCUUUUCCUGGCUACCAAGUUUCAACAAAACCUCUGCGUCUUUGCCAAGGGUAUGAUCACUUCCACUGAAAAGCACGCCCCCAUCCGAGGCCAUUCCACUCCCUCAUCUCCACCGUCUGCUGCUCUUUAAUUGGGUUCCCCUAAAAUUGGGUGGGACAUGAAGCCCUAGCCAAGAGAAACAGGUGGGGCUGUGUUUUUCGAAACUAAUGGGAGACCUAGAUGCCUGCUCCUUAGUGGGGGAGGGACUUGUGUGUGUGUGUGUGGGAAACCCAAACACACUGGUCUAGGUGUGGCUCCCUGGAGGCUGGCUCUCAGAUCCUCUUAAAAGCGGCUUUUCUCCCAGGUCCCUGUAGAGGACCAGCCGAGAUGGGCAAGUACAUGAUCCGGGUGGCCACUGGAGACUCGCUUCUGGCGGGCUCCAGCAACUUGGUGCAGCUGUGGCUGGUGGGCGAGCAUGGGGAAACAGCACUUGGGAAACAGCUGCGACCACUGCGGAGAGGGAACACGGAGUUGGAGAUCGACGUCCCGGUGCAUCUAGGGCGCCUCCUGCUGGUAAAGAUGCACAAACACAAAGGCCUAUUGGAUUCUGACUGGUUCUGCAAGUGGGUCACUGUGCAGGGCCCUGGGACCCAAGGAGAGGUCUACUUCCCCUGCUACAGCUGGGUGCAGAGCAACGAGACUAUCUACCUAGCCGAGGGCACUGCCCUGAAGGUAAACGACGACACUCGGAGCCUGUUUAGGAAGUAUCGAGAGCAGGAGAUGGAGGACCGAAGGAAGGUGUACCGGUGGGGCUCCUGGAAGGAGGGCUUAAUCCUGCCUAUAGCAGGGAAUACACAGUGGGACCUCCCCAGGAACCAGAGAUUCAUGGAGGAUAAGGAUUUAGAUUUUUCCCUCUCUCUGGCCAAAGUGCUGAAGGAUUUUGCCAUUAAGGGGACUCUAGAUUUUCUAAGUCGUGUACGAAACCUGGAAGAUUACAAAAGAAUAUUCCCAUGUGGAAAGACUGCUCUGGCUGGGCGGGUUCGUGAGUCCUGGAAGGAGGAUGCCCUCUUUGGGUACCAGUUCCUCAAUGGUGCGAACCCUAUGCUCCUGAGGCGUUCUAAGAGCCUUCCAGGCCGGCUGGUCCUGCCUCCGGAGAUGAAAGACCUACAGAGCCAGCUGGAGAAGGAGCUCCAGGCUGGCUCUCUGUUUGAAGCUGACUUCUCCCUGCUGGAUGGAGUCAAGCCCAACAUCAUCAUUUUUAAGCAGCAGUAUGUGGCAGCCCCUUUGGUGAUGCUGAAGCUGGAGCCUGAUGGAAGCCUCUCGCCCAUGCUCAUCCAGCUCCAGCCUCCCCGACAUGGGUGCUCCCCACCUCUGCUCUUCCUGCCCUCAGACCCUCCCAUGGCCUGGCUCCUGGCCAAGAUCUGGGUUCGAAGCUCUGAUUUCCAGCUGCACCAGUUACAGUCCCAUCUGCUAAGGGGGCAUCUAAUGGCCGAGGUCAUCUCUGUGGCCACAAUGAGGAGCUUACCCAGCCUGCAUCCCAUAUACAAGCUCCUCAUCCCCCACUUCCGCUACACCAUGGAGAUCAACAUCCUGGCACGGAAGAGUCUUGUCUCUGAAUGUGGAAUUUUUGAUCUGGUGGUGAGUACAGGGAGUGGAGGCCACGUGGACAUUCUCCAGAGGGCCACCGCUUGUUUGACUUACCGCUCCUUUUGCCCUCCGGAUGACUUGGCUGACCGUGGGCUCUUGGAUGUGAAAUCUUCUCUGUAUGCCCAGGAUGCCCUCAGGCUGUGGGAAAUCAUCAGCCGGUAUGUGGAAAGGAUGGUUGAGCUUUUCUACAAGAGUGACACAGAUGUGAAGGACGAUCCAGAGCUGCAGGUGUGGUGCAGAGAGAUCACUGAGGUCGGACUUCUGGGCGGCCAGGAGCGGGGGUUCCCCCUGUCCCUAGGGUCCCGGGCUCAGCUGUGCCGGUUUGUUACCAUGUGCAUAUUCACGUGUACUGCUCAGCAUGCUUCCACCCAUCUCGGUCAGCUGGACUGGUAUGCCUGGAUCCCAAAUGGCCCAUGCACCAUGCGGAAGCCCCCACCAACCUCUAAGGAUGUGACAGAGAAGGACAUAGUGAAUGCACUGCCCACUCUCCAGCAGGCACGGUUGCAGAUGACAUUCACCAAGUUCCUUGGCAGACGCCAGCCUGUCAUGGUGGCCCUGGGGCAUCAUAAAGAGGAAUAUUUCUCAGGCCCUGAGCCCCGGGCUGUGCUGAAGCAAUUCCAGGAGGAGCUGGCUGUCAUGGACAAGGAGAUUGAGGUCCGGAAUGCAGGCCUGGAUCUGCCCUAUGAGUACCUCCGGCCCAGCGUGGUGGAAAACAGUGUGACCAUCUGAGAGGCCCUGCCCGUCUCAGUCCCAGAGGAGGCCACUGUCUCUGUAUCUUCAUAGUCUUGUCCUCCUUGGCCACCUCCUUUGGUGAAUAGAUAACUGCCCAUCACAGAGUCCUGGGGGAUACACAGCGAUCAUUCCCAUUGCAUUUCAGAAUCUGGAAUGUGCCACAGUUGCCCUAACUCUAUGUCAAUCCAGCUGUGUGCUUCCUUAGCCUGGAACCCGUUACCUGGUAUUGUGUUCCCCAAAAUAUUGUGUACCCUAAUAAACUUAUCUGGGGUCAGAGGACAGAAAAGCCACUAGAUACUUAGUUAGGCAGUGGUAGCACACGCCUUUAAUCCUAGCAUUCCAG